AUGGCUUUGUUUGGUAAGUAUUCAAUGAAAACAGUAUGGAGUACCGGCUGCUUUGUGGAAACACUGUUGUUAUCUGUCUCGUACAGAGUUUAUGCGCAACAUAUAUGUUAAUUUGUCCAACACUAUAAAGCAUAAUGCGUCUUUUCGUGGAAAAAAACACUAAUAAUCGUUUUCAUAUCAAACAGGUUUGACCUCAAAAGAAGAUUUAACCGGAAGACGGGUGUGUUUCAACAACUAUUCAUCACUCUUGCUCAUUGUGGGAUUUACACUGACUAAUGCAGGUAAGACAAUCAAAGAAAUAUCAACAGUAUAAAGGAUUGUGUUCCCCAUCGUUAUUAUUCUAUCGAGUUCCACAAAGAUUCGUAUUUUAAAAGAAACUUAGAGUUGUAAGAAAUGGAACUCAUUCUUGAGUGGUGUAGUUUCGUUUGCAACCUUCUCCCCCAUCAAAUAUUUGGAGAAUGUAUACAUUAAAAUCGAAUUAUCGUAGCUCGCGUGUAAAGCAUUGUCAAAGAGUGAAGUUCUACCAGCUUUAAACUGGUCUUCGUGUGUUCCAGUACAAGAGGGCGUUUUGGUAGAUCCAGUAUAUUGCUGCAGGAGAAAAUAUAAACUAGCUCUAUUUCUAAACUGAUCUUAAUAGAGGACCAGUAAGAGGUCCGUUUUACUAAACGAAAUCAGAGUACCACCAUGCAGAAGAAAACUUAAUAGUGUUCCCCUAUUUGCGAACCAUUCUUCGCACUUGCAACUGAGGCGAAAUCACAAUCAGUUGUAAGGGACCGUUCAUUAUUUAUAUCCGGGGUUGGUACCGAAGAGAUAUGGGUUGGAUAAUCAAGUUUUUGACUAGCUCAUGGGUUGGGUAAAAAAAUUAUGGCUGACUGUCAGCUAUAAAAUAAAACUAAACCAUGCAUUGUAGAAUAUGAAGAAAAAUGUGUACAAUACACUCUGUACCAAAAUAGACCAUCAGUGGUUGAGGAAGAAAUUUAUCAUUGAUCAGCAGGAACGUGAUUGCUUUGGCACACUCAGUGAGUUUGAGUGUGAGUGAGUUUAGGGAACUUGAUUUCUGUCACCAUAAUCUUGUGUGUUUAAUUAUUAUGAAGUACAGUAACACAUGGGUUGGGUAAACAUUAUUUUGACCAAUGUCGAGGUUGGGUAAAUAAAAAAUUUACAGUGUUUUCGCUUCUCUUCGGUACCAACCCCAGGUAUAAAUAAUGAACUGUCCCUAAGUGCAUAUGAUUGUGCACUUAGGUGCGAUCUCAUAGCAAUGAGUGUAUAUGAUUGUGCACUUUUAGAUGCGAUUUUCUACUUCUGAUGGAUGUGAACAAGUGCUUGAGUUAUGAAUGUUCAGAUGACCACUGAUGAUAAUGAGAAAUAUACUCAAAACAUUCGCAAUUCAUCUACUUGUUCACACAACUACUUGUUACUACUACUUGUUACUACUUGUUACUACUUGUUACUACUUACUUUAUUUGUUCUUGUUCUACUUGUUCAUCCCUGUCAAGCUUUCAAAAGAAAAUUGCUGCUCAUAUUUUCUAAGACUACUUGUUCUACUACUUGUAAAUAAUUAUUCUACCAUUCCUACUAUCUAGCUAAUUUGUACUUGUUACUAUACCUCAUAUUUGUAAAUAACUAUAUUUAUGUAAUAUUUCGCUUAAACUACUGUAAUUUUUUUUAUGCAUGACACGCCCCCUAUGGAAAUCAGCUUCGGUUGAUAGGGUUAGCGUGGGUAAAUAAAGUUUUUCUAUCUUCUAUCUACACAUCAGAAGAAGAUCGCACCAGCAAUCGCCGCAAAAAUUGCAAGUGUAAACGGGCCUUUAGGCCAUAUAAAAUAAAUUCCUUGAUUCUCAUCACCGCCCGACGAUAUUUUGGUUUCCGCGUUGAUAUAUUUUUGUAUUUUGUUAUAAAAUAUAAAUUUACCGCCCGACCGAGCAUCUUCAGAGAUUUAGUUAUUUUUAUAUUGGAAUUUUUGCGAUAUAAAAUUGUUUUAUCGUUAAUAUUGCAACAUGUUAAGGGAUGCUUGGAAUACUGAAGGAAAAAAUGGGCUUAUAGCCUUAUUACAACGAUUUGUGUGGACCCUUAUGCAUGUUCAUUAGCGCAUGUGCAACGGUAUGGUUAUAUAACGUUCUUCUAUAAUAUAUUUAACUAUUUAAGGGCAAAUAUAAAAAGACCUCCCUCUCCAAUUUUUUAAAUUUUAAACUUUUUUUUUAUAUUUUGACAUAAAAUAUAAAAUAUAAACCUCCCGCCUCCUGGGAGUUUUUAAAAUUUAGCAAUGAGAAUCAAGGAAUAUAUUUUAUAUGGCCUUACAGGAAUUGAGGCUCACAGUGCCUCCUCUGUGGUGCUUCUUAAAAACGAUGUAAACUAACUCAACAUUUUCCAUUUUCAGCUGUUUUCCCAUGUGAUCUCCCGAGCGCAGAGAUCGUCUCUAUAUACAACAAUCAGUACAACAUCCCUCAAGGCUUUGGUCCCUAUUUCAUCAAGAUAAAUCGCUGUAUCGACGCCGGGAUGCAGUGCCCACAGUUCACUAUGCCAAACACAACGAAGCUCGUCAAAAUAGUAGUGCAAAGCAAUACGAAUGGAAAGGUGUACGAAUAUACCCUACAUGACCAUAUUUCCUGUAUGUGUGGACCACAAAACAAGCGUGAUCUGAAACUUUAUGAAAGCUCGCGUAAACGAGGUAUGAAUACAAAAUGUAAAGAUUAAAGUCAUACAAGUUUAAUAGGGGUUCGACUGUAUGUCUCUUGCAUGCUGUGUAAAAUAAGCGGUAGAUUGUGUAGCACAGGAAACAGUGGAAUUUUCAAAAGAAUGAAACGUUCACGGAAUCUUGACUGGAAACGAUCAUUGGAUCGUGAAUGAUUGGCACUAUUGUCAUUCAUGCUACAAGAGUUGCAUAAAGAUCCAUUGUUCAUUAGAGAUGGAACACGACCAUUGUAUGUUAGCCCCAGCACAUACAGGGAAAAUCACUUUCACUAGCAAGAAAAACCAGAACACCAGUACAAUGCAACAUCUGAUCAGUUUUAAUGUCGCCUACAUUCAAAACAUGUACAGCUUCUGGAUGACCCAAUCACGCUUAGCAGAGCAGUGAGCUCUGUACAGCAUAAUCUAAUCAUACAGCACUUAAUGACAGUAUUCUACUCAAACUCACAUGUCUUCUGUAAAACAUUAAAUCACUUUAAUGCAAGAACAUGUACUGCCUCUGCAUGAGCAAACAUACUACCCUCACGGAAUAUCCAUGUAAUACCAUUAAUUAAUUGUAGAUACUAUUCAAGAACAUAUAGGGGUAACUCUGGAUAUUAUUGAAGGCCCUGCAGUUUUUAAAUGCCACACCCACGCUAACACUAAUUCUUCACUUACAGUGAGCGUAGCGUAUAAACAGAAAUACGAGAAAAACAAUCCACCUUACAUUGUCGACUGCAGCCAGCCUCAACAAAGAUACCAGAAGAUCAAAGACUUUCAUCACCCUCUAUUUCUUGGUUACAAACAAUGUCUACCACGGUCAAUGUGUAUCACAGGUAACACUGUCACACGCGAAGAGUCCAUCACUCACUGGAGUGGUCACGUUAGAAAGGUAAAUGUGACCAAUGAUGUCGCGUGUUCGUAUCCAACUUACAGCGUUUCAAAUGAAAACAACAGUCAUGGUGAGUUGAAUCUCAUUCAAAAUUCAUUUUAUUUUUUGCCGGUACUUUUUAGUUUACGUUUCUUCCAGUAGUAGUACUGGACUAAUACGAAAUGACUCUUACUGGACAGUGUAGAUGGAUAUCCAGUAUAAAUAGCUAGUUUAGUUAGAUUUCCACCGGUGCCAAACACUGGACCCGUAAAGGGUGAUACUGGAUGUCUACGAAGAAUACUUCACAACUGAUACACUCUAAGAAACACCGUGGUUAAAAAGUUUCUGGUUCCUCUAAAAUUAACACUGUUUGGGUAACUUAGUGUUCCUGGUUACAUUUCCUCGUCAAUUUAACUACAGUCUGGGUUCAAUUUGAUCAUAGUCCUGGCUACUUUAACGAGGAUUAACCAUGAAUGCAUGGUUAAUAAUCCACCUAUAACAUAAUCUGGUUAGUUCAACCAUAUAGCCUGGUUAAAUUAACAAGGAAUCCUGGGUAAAUUAGCCAGGACUAUAUGGUCGAAUAGGCAAUUCCAGCUUUUAAUUUAUGCGCGCAGGGGAAUGGGAAGUAAGGUAUCAUAUUGCUGAUUAUGCUGAAAAAUGUCAAUAAAAACUGUCGAAACAACCGAAAUAAGCUAUCACUCCGUGUUUAAAAGGCCACCAUUUUUAUUUUUUCAGCAUAAUCAGCAAUAUGAUACCUUACUUCCCCCCGCCUGCACGCAUAAAUUAAAAGCUGGAAUUGCCUAUUAACCAGGACUGUGGUUAAAUAAACCAGAAAAUUUAACCAGGUAGGAACAUUACCCAAACAGUUUUUAGAUUAACCAGGACAUUUUUAACCCGAGUGUACAGCUACCCAGUAUAAAUAAAGUUAGUUCUUUAUCACUACAUGACAAUGUCUAACAUUUAUUACCGAUCUUUGGUUUAGAUAACAUAUUCAACAUCGAUUCGAAAAAGACUUUCUUUGCACUGGUCUUAUUGGCUCUGGUAUUUUUAAUCGCCAUAAUCAUCGACCUGACAUUUUGCUGCCGAAAAAAGGGAUUCUGCUACAGUCUAAGGAAGUGUGUGCAAGGCGAAGAGGAAACACCACAAGGUGCAAUACAACCAACGCUUGUCUGA